AUGGUUUUCGAAGCCCUUUCUCGCCUCGGCAGCAAAGCUGACCGCAUCCUCCUCUACCCGCAGGAAUGGGACCUCGAGAUCGAAAGCACCUCUGAUCGGGACAGCCAACUGCUGGUAAUAGCGAGGGAUCGUUACGAUGUGAAGCUUCUACCGGUGGUAAUACCGAAGGCGGAUGACGACGCGUGGAAUGGGAGUUUUACAAAGUUCAUGGCGUGGGAACAGACUCAGUACGAUCGGGUGCUGCAUUUGGAUUCGGAUGUCACGAUAUUGAAGCAAUUGGAUGAGCUGUUCAUGUUGCCGAGCGCGCCGGUGGCCAUGUUGAGGGCUUACUGGAGGUUGCCGAGUGUUCGGCAGCUGACCAGUCUGUUCAUACUGUUUGAGCCCGACGAGAUGGAGGCGCAGCAGCUGAUGGUCGCUGCGAGUCCGAAUGUCAGGCAGAAGAAUGAGUACGACAUGGAGAUCCUAAACAAGUUCUAUGGGGACUCGGCUAUGGUGCUGCCGCAUCGGCAGUUUGGACUACUCAGCGGCGAAUUCAGGGUUGAUGAUCACAGAAAUUAUUUAGGGAACACCCAUGAGAGAUGGGAUCCUGAAAGGGUGCUGAGGGAGGCAAGUCUGGUCCAUUUCUCUGACUGGCCCAUACCGAAACCUUGGAUUAUGUGGCCGCACAACAUGAUCCAGGAUGAGAUGCCAAAGUGCAAGCUUGGGAUUGGAGCAGGGGGAGAUGAUUGUAGGGAUAAGAAGGCUUGGCUGGGACUGUACGACGAUUUCAGGAAGAGGCGAAAAGAUAUUUGUGCUUUACUCUCCGCACCUGCUCCAGAGUGGCACCCUCCACCACGGAAUACGACGGAAGCCUCGGACUGA